AUGUUCUCCCUCAGCCAAGGGGACCAUGGCUUCAUCUGGAAGAUGGUGCAUGAAGAGAUGUCGUUUGGAUCAUUUCCAUUCUUCGAGCUGAUGGACCUCAACACUUGGGAGAACAUGGCAAAUGGGACAAAUGUGGAAGAAUUCAUCCUUCUUGGCUUCCCAGGCAUGUGGCAUUUCCGAGUCUCCCUUGUGGUGGUAUUUGCACUGACUUACUCCCUGUCAGUAAGCGGCAAUGCAUCCAUCAUAGCCCUUGUGUGGAUGAACAGCAACCUCCAUACCCCAAUGUACUUCUUCCUCUGUAAUCUCUCCUUUCUGGAGAUCUGGUACACUACAGGUGUUGUUCCCAAAGCCAUAGGAGUCAUGCUGGGGACUAGCCAGACCAUUUCCUUCAGUGUCUGCAUCCUCCAGUUGUUCUUUCUUCUGUCCCUAGGCUCCACUGAGUGUUUUCUCCUGUCUGUCAUGGCCUAUGACCGCUACUUAGCCAUAUGCUACCCCUUGAGAUACAAAUCCCUCAUGAACAGUGUCCUCUCUGCUCGGCUGGCACUCAGUUCCUGGCUGGGAGGCUUUCUGGCCGUCUCCCUGCUGGCCUUUCUGACAUCCAGGCUGACAUUCUGUGGGCCACAUGUCAUCAAUCAUUUCCUCUGCGAUAUAGAUUCCUGCCUUGCCCUCUCCUGCAGUGACACAUGGUCUGUGGAGCUGGCAACCUUUCUUGUCUCCAUAAUUGUUGUGGUGGCCUCCUGUGUGCUCACCCUGGUCUCCUACAUAUACAUCAUCUCUUCCAUCUUGAGAAUCCAGACAGCCCAUGGCCGGAAAAAGGCCUUUUCCACUUGCUCUGCCCAUCUCAGCGUUGUCACAAUCUGGUAUGGCUCCACCAUGUUCCUGUAUGUCAAGCCAUCGGCCCAGAACUCCCUGGAUCUGAACAAACUUGUGAAUACCUUUAACACAGUUGUAACUCCUUUGUUGAACCCCUUCAUUUACACACUCAGGAACAAAGAAGUGAAGCAAGCCCUGAGGCGAGCUUUCCAGAAAAAGUGA